UCGCCCACCCGCCUCCAAACUCCACGCCCUCCCACAUUUUUUCCGAACUCGAAACGCCGGAUCGGGUCAAAGCACGGACCUAGGGUUUCGUUGAAACCUGCCAUUCCGCGGAUCGAGCAGCUAGGGCUUCGGCGGAAUCAAUCCCCGAUUCAGCCAUGAUGUCGAGGUCGUACACCAACCUUCUGGACCUCGCCGCGGGGAACUUCGCGGCGCUGGGCCCCGCCGGCGGCGGGAGGCGGCGGUCGGGGUCGUUCGCGGCGAAGCGAAUGCCGCGGGUGAUGACGGUGCCCGGGACGCUGUCGGAGCUGGACGACGAGGACGAUGAGCUGGCGGCGACGAGCAGCAUCGCCUCCGAUGUGCCCUCGUCGGCCGUGGGCGAGCGCCUCAUUGUGGUCGCGAACCAGCUCCCCGUGGUGGCGCGACGCCGCCCCGACGGCCGCGGCUGGUUGUUCUCCUGGGACGACGACUCGCUCCUCCUCCGGCUCCGCGACGGCGUCCCGGAUGAGAUGGAGGUGCUCUUCGUCGGCACCCUCCGCGCCGACGUGCCCGCCUCUGAGCAAGACGAGGUCUCGCAAACCCUCAUCGACGGCUUCCGCUGUGCUCCCGUAUUCCUCCCGGCCGACCUCUACGAUCGCUUUUACCAGAACUUCUGCAAGGGUUACCUAUGGCCGUUGUUCCACUACAUGCUCCCCUUUGCCUCCGCCCAGUCCCCGAAGGCAAACGCCGUAUCAGGUGGCGGCCGGUUUGAUCGGGCCUCAUGGGAGUCUUACGUCCUCGCGAACAAGUACUUCUUCGAGAAGGUGGUCGAGGUCAUCAACCCGGAGGACGACUACGUUUGGGUCCAUGAUUACCACCUCAUGGCGCUGCCCACCUUCCUCAGGCGCCGCUUCAAUCGCCUCCGCAUUGGAUUCUUCCUCCACAGCCCCUUCCCCUCAUCAGAGAUAUACCGGUCCCUUCCUGUUAGGGAGGAGAUCCUCAGAACUCUGCUCAAUUGUGAUCUCGUUGGAUUUCAUACAUUCGAUUAUGCGAGGCACUUUCUAUCUUGCUGUAGUAGGAUGCUGGGAAUAGAGUACGAGUCAAAGCGUGGAUAUAUUGGUCUGGAUUACUUUGGUCGCACUGUUGGGAUAAAGAUUAUGCCAGUGGGAAUCCAUAUGGGUCAAUUGCAAUCAGUGCUGCAAUUACCUGACAUGCAGCGGAAGGUUGCUGAGCUGCGACAGCAAUUUGAGGGCAAGACCGUGUUGCUUGGUGUGGAUGAUAUGGAUAUCUUUAAAGGCAUCAAUUUGAAGCUUCUUGCAUUUGAGAAUAUGCUGAGGAUGCAUCCUAAGUGGAAGGGAAGGGCUGUGUUGGUGCAGAUUGCUAACCCAGCACGUGGGAAGGGAAAAGAUAUCGACUCAAUCCGUGGUGAGAUUCAGGAUAGUGUUGAGAGAAUCAAUAAGGAGUUCGGCCGGUCUGGGUACAGUCCAAUUGUUUUCAUUGACCGGAACGUCCCAAGUGUGGAGAAGCUUGCAUAUUAUACGGUCGCUGAGUGUGUUGUGGUGACUGCUGUGAGGGAUGGAAUGAAUUUGACCCCAUAUGAGUACAUCGUCUGCCGGCAGGGGAUACCUGGCUCUGAGUCUGCACCAGAGGUCAGUGGGCCAAGCAAGAGCAUGCUAGUUGUGUCAGAAUUUAUUGGAUGCUCGCCUUCACUGAGUGGUGCCAUUCGUGUUAACCCGUGGAAUAUUGAAGCAACUGCGGAGGCGUUGAAUGAGGCCAUCUCGAUGUCAGAGCGUGAAAAGCAGCUGAGGCAUGAAAAACACUACCGCUAUGUAAGCACACACGAUGUCGCAUAUUGGUCAAGGAGCUUCAUCCAGGACCUGGAGAGAGCUUGCAAGGAUCACUUUAGGAAGCCGUGUUGGGGCAUUGGACUGGGAUUUGGAUUCAGGGUGGUGGCCCUAGACCCAAAUUUCGCAAAGCUUAAUUUUGAUUCAAUUAUAAUGUCUUAUGGAAGAUCAAAGAGUAGGGCCAUAUUUCUUGACUAUGAUGGUACUUUGGUGCCACAGGCUUCUAUCAACCAGAAACCAAGCGAAGAAUUAGUGAACAUUAUUAAUACCCUAUGCUCGGAUAGGAAUAACAUUGUUUUCAUUGUCAGUGGAAGAAGCAGAGAUAGCUUGGGAUCAAUGUUCUCAUCAUGUCCAAUGCUUGGCAUUGCGGCAGAGCACGGUUACUUCUUAAGGUGGAGUAGAGAUGAAGAAUGGCAAACCAGUACCCAGUCCCCUGAUAUUGGAUGGAUGCAAAUGGCAGAGCCUGUGAUGAAUCUUUAUACAGAAGCAACUGAUGGAUCUUACAUUGAAACCAAAGAAACUGCAUUGGUGUGGCAUCACCGGGAUGCUGACCAAGGCUUUGGUUCUUCUCAGGCAAAAGAAAUGCUUGAUCACCUGGAAAGUGUACUAUCAAAUGAAGCAGUCUCAGUCAAGAGCGGCCAGUUCAUUGUUGAAGUUAAACCUCAGGGUGUUAGCAAAGGUCUUGUGGCUGAGAAGAUAAUCGGAUCAAUGAAAGAGAAAAGUCAACAGGCAGAUUUUGUAUUAUGCAUUGGUGAUGACAGGUCAGAUGAGGAUAUGUUUGAAAAUAUUGCGGAUGUCAUGAAAAGGGGCAUUGCUGCGCCAAAAACACCUCUGUUUGCAUGUACUGUAGGGCAGAAACCAAGCAAAGCUAAGUUCUACCUGGACGAUACAUAUGAAGUAGUCAGUAUGCUAAGUGCACUAGCAGAUGUUUCAGACCCAGACCCUACGGCAGGCUUGGCAGAUGACUUGGCUACGUCAGUCUCUUCACUAGAUAUCAGUGAUGAACAAAUUCAGUUCAGUAAUACAACGAUAGAAGGAUCUUAGCCUGAAACUGAAUCAACACAUACUAUGAUGCUUGACUCACUAAAACAUUUUUGUUUGAUCGGAAGUGGAGCAGUGGACAGAUGAUCCACAGAAGAGCAAAAACUAUCUUACAGGUCAUGAUUCUUUGUAGAGAAGAUAAGGUAUCUCUCCAGGUGGACUAGGGUUACAGUCUGGAGGGAGCUGCAAGUAGGACAGGGAUUUGCAAUAGCCUCAUUCUGCAGCUGGUUACUGCAUUUCAAUUAGUUGCUGCAAGAAGAUUCAUAUGUGCAUAGCUGACCUUUCAUGUUCUUCCUGAUUUUUCCCUUAUCAUCUCUGUGAGAAUGAGGAUAUUGGAAUGAAACCUGUGAAACGGCUGGCGCAGUUUGUGAUUUCUUAUCUGUUGACUUGGUUAACGGUUAACUAAGAGAUUUUCUAGUCAAGAAAUCUAGUAAUCCUUUUCCUGUAAUAUUGCGCUGGUGUUUGGGAUGAGAAUCGUCUCAUAACAGCCUUAUAUGCACACUACAUGUAUCUAGCAAACUUAUUGAAUUCGUUCUCUGCAACUCAUUAUGUCUUA